AGCGCAGAGCUCAGUGCCCCGGGGAAGGGGCUGCCGGCGCCCGAUGGCCCUCGCAGCGCAGGCGGCCGGGCUCAAUGUCACCCGGCUGGACGGGGACUGGCAGGUUUACUCUGCUAUAAAAUGGAUACAGUUUGUCAUGGCCACGUUAAGUGUUACAGGUUCCAGCUCAAUUAUUGCCUAUGCGGUCUUUCAAAAUGUAGUGAGGUCCCCAGAGGUGCGCCCUCUGUUCUACCUGAGCCUCUCUGACCUGUUUCUGGGCAUGUGCUGGCUCAUUGGGGCUCUUCUCUCUACCACACCAACCACAAAUCAAGAUGUUGUCUGCUAUAAUCUUCAAACAACUGGUCAGAUCUUUUAUGUAGCCUCUUUUCUGUACACUGUCAACUAUACCUGGCAUCUGUACGUGGAUUUAAAGGUAAAAUACAAUCAGAACCUGUACAGCAUGUCCCCUCUGGUUUUAGAUCAUGCAAAUCGCAUUGGCCGAAUAGCAACAAUUUUGUCCAGCGUCAUCCCUUUCUUAUUAAUGGUUCCUGUGUUUUGUCUGGGCAACAGCAAUGAUUGCUACCAGAACUUCAGCCAGAACAACGGGUGUCUCCUGAUGCACACAGAAACGGCCAUGCUCACUGGCCAACUGCAAACCCAUGGUGUCUCUGUUUGUUCUGUGAUAUAUUUCUAUGGCGUUGGAGUCUUCCUGGUCUCCUUCCUGAUCAGCUUCAUAGCCAUUAUGGUUCUUCUCAUCCAAGCCCGAGCUUUGUACAAAAGGUUCAUAAACUCAACAGGAUUCCUGGGUGAUCAACAGUGGGCAAUGAUAAAGAUAGUGGAACAACAAGUGGUUUUCUACCCUAUCGCUUUCUUCUGUUGUUGGGGCCCAGCCGUCCUCCUCGGAAUAGUGAAGUUGACUGUUUCAGUGAACAGCAGAAUCUGCAUGGCUCUUUAUAUUCUACAGGCUCUAACAGCAGCUUCCCAGGGGCUCCUAAACUGCAUCGUUUAUGGGUGGACCCAGCACAUGUUCCGCUGCAUGAAACGCAAUGCUUGCCGUGACAUCGACACGCAGACACCUCUCUUACGUUCCCAGAAGAAGUACUAUGCCAGCACGUUCCCCACCAGCACCCAGGCAGCAGCUGUAGCUACAUCCACGGUGUUGUGACAAUUCUCUGCCCAGAAGGAAUGGGCAGCAUGUUGCCUUGCAACCCUGGCCCGGUCAUGUCUGUGAGACAUCAGCCAGAGCUCUUCUGCUGAUUUUCUUGUUCGGAACUGUUUUGUCAGUAACACGUGCAGAGUUAGGCUGGAAAAGCCUGAGCACAUCUAGCCGGAGAUCAGCUGUUUCACGGAAGAUCAUUAUUUAUUUUAUAGUUUUUCAUGACUUUGUAAUGGAUUAUUUUACCUUUGUAAGCCAUUUAGUGCAGUCUUUUCCUUAUGGAAACAUCUCCAGGAUUUGCUGGGAAUUGUACAUCAGAGAUCCUUUACAGCUCCUUAAAGACCUUUCUCAUAAGAGUAGAUGACCAGGGGAUGUUUGUCUUACCUCGGUGAUGAUCAGAUAUUUGUAAUUACAAUUGAACA